AUGGGGUACAGUGCCACAAUAAGAAGAGCCUAUGCUGACUUCAGAAUGUCACAUCUGGAACCAUGGAACGAAGCACUAUCCAAGUUUUCCUUUGUCAAAGUCUCAGCGCCCUCUUUUGUCAAAGGCAAGGGGACAUCAGACAUGGCUAUGAUAAUUGGUGCUAUGGACAUGCUGCGGGAUCUCUCCGACAUCGAAUGUUUUGUACUCGUCACAUCGGAUUCGGAUUUCACUCCACUUGCACGGCGACUUAAACAAGCCGGUAAGGAAAUAGUGGGGUUUGGAGAACGGAAAACACCGUUAGCACUUGUACAAGAGUACAAGAAUUUUUUUUACGUCGAUACCUUCAAAGGAAAGACGAUAAGCACAAUAAUUCCGAAGCGCAACGAGGUUCCGAAACGUAAAGCAGUAACCGUGGAGGAAAAUACGGCAGCAGCAAAUGCUGUGGAGGCAGCAACUUUGGAGGACAAUGAAAAUGCCUUCGAAAACAAGACAAAAAGCAAAACGAAAAGGAAACGCAAUGAAGACCAACAAUCGGAUGAAGUUGUCCUUGACGUCGUCGAUAACCAGAAAAAAGGCAAAAUAGUUCCGGUUCAGAAACACAAUGGAGACCAGCGCUUGAUUAAGGCUCUUGUUGAGGUCAUCAACCAGAACUCCAACGAGUAUGGAUGGGCAAGUCUCUCUUCCAUUGGUCAAAACUUUGAUCGCAAACGACAUGGAUAUCCAAAGAUUAGUAAAUGCUUCAAACGAAAUAGGAAUCACUUUCUAUUGGAAAAAGAUAAAGUGAGAGUGCGAGUACAAAAUCUGAUUCUGCCCGAUGAUGAAUUAGGCAAGAUCAACAAUCCCAUUGAAUUAGACUAA